AUGGUCGAGGCAGAGAAGCAAGGGCAUCGGAAGACCGAAGUGCAGCUAGGGAAUGUCAAUCCUGAGACGGCAGUAGUAGACGCGCCAGCAACACCAAUUGCGGAACCUGAGCUGGAGUACGUCCCUGACGGAGGAAAGCAGGCAUGGACGGUCGUCCUGGGAUCGACGCUCGCAUUAUUCGCCUCAGCGGGAAUGAUCAACGCAUACGGAACAUUCCAAGACUACUACGAAUCGACGCUGCUGCCGUCGUCGUCAUCUGCGUCCAUCUCCUUGAUUGGAUCCUUGCAGGUCUUCUUCCUGUACGCUGGCGGGCCGCUGACCGGCAGGAUCUUCGACGCCUAUGGCACGUCGGUGCUAGUCCCACUGGGGUCAGUGCUAUGCGUGUUCGCAAUGAUGAUGGUCUCUCUCACCGAGAAGGACCAUGCGUACCAGCUCUUCCUCUCCCAAGGUGUCCUCUUUGGCUUAGGAAUCGCCCUCAUGUUCAACCCCUCGGUCGCAGUUGUCGGGCACUGGUUCCGCCGCCGCCGCGCGACGGCGAUCGGAGUCGUCCUUAGUGGAGGAGCCGUCGGCGGGAUCGUCUUCCCCAUCCUCCUCCAGCAUCUCAUCCCCAUCGUCGGCUUCGGUUGGGCAGUCCGCGUCAUCGGUUUCAUCAUCAUGGCAUGUUUCAUUCUGGCGUGUCUGACGAUCAAGACCCGCCUCCCGCUUUCCAGGCACGUUUCCUGGCGCACUGCGAUCGACCUUCACGGAUUCAAAGACAUCCGAUAUGUGCUCGCUACCAUCGCCGGAUUCUUGCUGUUCUACGCCCUCUUCAUACCUUACUUCUACAUCCAGAUCUAUGCCUCCUUCCGUGGCGUAUCGCCGAACAUCUCUAACUACCUGCUCGCCAUCCUCAAUGCCAUGAACGUCCCCUCGCGCAUUCUCCCCGGCAUGCUCGCUGACCGAUUCGGCCCGCUGAAGUGCUUCAUCCCGGCAUCUGCCAUAUGCACUAUCCUCGUCCUUGGUCUCUGGCUCCCCUCGCGCGGUGCCGGGACUAUCGUCGCCUUCGCCGCAUUGUAUGGCUUAUUCUCAGGUGCCUUCGUCUCGUUGCUUGCGACUUAUAUCGCGACUAUCACCCCACGCGAGGUAUACGGCGCCCGACUGGGCUCGGUCUACAUCUUCAUCGCGGUCGCGACACUGAUCGGUACGCCGACCGCCGGCGCACUUUUGAAUAUCACGGACGAGGAGCACUUCAACUCGCUCAUCAUGUUCACCGGAGUUCUGCUCGCCGCAGGUACCGUUGUGCUCAUAGGGGCGGCGGUCGUGGGCUCAGAGCGCGCGCGCGAGAAGCUUCGAGGAAGGUUCUCCCGUUCAUAG